UGUAUUAUUUUUUAUUUGAAUAUCAGCAUCUCUUACUCUUAUCAAUUGCUUUUGACAGUACAAUGGGCGCAGCAGUAUCCCUUGGCAGCAUACCAGAGUAUCAGUCACUUUACUAUUUCUCCAAAAAAAACACUUCUGCUUCGACCGAACAAUUCCGCGUGCAACUCAUAGCCUGCGACACUGCUCCGCUUGCGGGUAGUGGCAAAGUUUUGGUGGCCAAUGUGAUUAGAGCAACUUGCCCAUCGCUAUUCAGCUCCAAGGGUGAACGCAUGAUUCCUACUCCCUCUAUGCGUGAUGGAGGGACACAGACAAUAUAUCCUGUACUUCGUACACGCAGACGCGACAAACAUACUGAUAUUGAAUACGACCGCGAGACUCUCACCAUGUAUGACGGUGGAAAAGUGUCUCUUGAUUGGUAUCCCAAAAGACCAGUGCCAACCAUUCCCUUGUCGGACGUGUCUUCUACAAGCUCCAGUAUUACAAUUGGCACAAGCACACCGCCAAUAGUUGUUAUACUCCCAGGGACAUUCAGUUCAAGUCGAGAGUACUAUAUCCGACAUUUGGCCAAAUCACUUCACACUCGCGGCCCAAACAGAUGCCAUGUUGUUGUGCUCAACCACCGCGGAUGCAACCGUACACCUCUAACUACACCCCGACUACACAGCUUUGACUAUACUGGAGACUUAGAAGAAACCAUUGCGCACCUGUCUACGCUUUACCCCUGCGCGCUGCUAGCCGCUGUGGGGUACUCGCUUGGUGGAAACAUUUUGACAAAAUACCUGGGGGAGCAAGGCAAAAACUGCAAGCUGUCUGCCGCUAUAACAAUCUGCUGUCCAUACGAUGUGACCAAGCUGUAUGCAAAAUUAGACGAGCCUAGCUUGUUUAACAAAUACGUACUGCAGCCAAGUCUUUCGAGUAGAGCAAAGGCAUAUGUUAAAGACCAUAUCGAUGUAAUCCAAGGCGGCUCACGCCAGUACGAUCUGGAUGGAUUUUUUGCGUCCAAGAAUGUCACGGAAAUGAACGCUUUGCUUACCGCUCCUCUUUCAGGAUUUGAGUCCUGCGAGCAGUAUUACCGCGAGUCUUCCAGCUGCGCUUACGUGCCAAAAAUAUCAACGCCGCUCUUAGCGAUUAACAGCAAAGAUGAUCCAUUAGUUCCGGUUGAUGCUAUUCCAAUCAACACUUUUAAAAACAACCCAAGCACAGUGCUAAUCCUUGUGGAUAAUGGGGGACAUUUAGGAUUUCUUACGGGGGUUGUUCCAAAGAUUUGGUAUAUUGACCCGGUCAUUCAGUUCUUUUCUGCCUUUUUGUAAAGUUAACUACAUUUCUUAUUAAUAAAUACUGACUGGUUUAAAUAUUUAAUUAAACAAUAUAUUAAGG